UCAAACCAGAAAGGGGGAUGUUUGCUUAAUAAACGAAGGUCUGGCAACCGAAAAGAGUCAAAUGCACCUUGAGCUUUAGUGGUAGCCUAAUAAAGCGCUUUUUUCUUCUUCUACACUAUCAGUGACAUAGAGCUCCAAGGAGGGAAGUGUUCAGCUGCUGUUUGUUCUGCUGACAAAGAAAAGGAGCGACGACAGUAACGUAUUAGCAAUGUCUGGUCGAUAGAAACUGCGUGACUGAAUCCUGCAGAAAUGAGCGACACGAAGGGGCCCGCAGCACGCAGGAGGAGGACUACCAUCUCCGGCGGUGGAGGAGCUGGCAGCGUGAAACAAGCCAACGGCACCAAGGGGCAUGAUGCCGGGGGGAAACCUCCACAGUAUCCCGCUGGAGUCAAAGCAGCGGCGCCGGAGGUUUCCAAGCAGCACGCCAGUCACAAUGGGAAUGUGGGCAGAGAAGAGUCGGGGAAAAGGCAGCAGCAGUCCGGUAGCAGUCCGAGGAAGCAAAGCAGCGCGGUGGAAGACAUCAGCGGCCGACUCAGCUGCCAUGUCCUGCAGGAAUCUCUCCUGAGCUCAGCCAGCGGCUACAGCAACUACAGAGGAAUCCUAAACUGGUGUGUUGUUAUGCUGGUGCUCAGUAAUGCACGACUCUUCUUGGAGAACAUCAUCAAGUACGGUAUCCUAGUAGAUCCAAUCCAAGUCGUGUCUCUUUUCCUAAAGGACCCCUACAGCUGGCCAGCAGCCUGCCUAAUUAUUGUGUCCAACCUGUUCAUCUUGACAGCCUUGUACGUAGAGAGGCGUCUGGCAAUGGGUACGAUCUCUGAAACUACUGGAAGGAUUCUUUACAUUUUCAACCUCACAUUCAUGUUGACCUUCUCCUCUGCCACGGUCCUCUCUGUGACCUCCAUGACCCCAGUGGGUGGUGUUUUUUCUCUAGGAAUCUACACUGUGCUGUUUCUCAAGCUUUACUCUUAUCAGGACGCCAACAGGUGGUGCAGAGAGAUCAGACAAGCCAAAGCCAAAAGCUUAACCCGAUCAUAUUCAUGUCCAAAUGUUCAGCAGUCGAACGGCUCAGCAGUUCAUUCUCUGGUCUCCUACCCAGGAAACCUCACACACAGAGACAUGUACUACUUUGUUUGUGCCCCAACUCUAUGCUACCAGCUCAACUUCCCUCGAUCUCCACGGAUACGUAAACGGUUCCUGAUGAGAAGGCUUUUUGAAAUGCUUUUUCUUAUGCAGUUGUUGGUGGGAUUGAUACAGCAGUGGAUGGUUCCCACAAUUCAAAAUUCUAUGAAACCGUUCCGGGAAAUGGAUUUUUCUCGGAUGGUGGAGCGAUUGCUCAAAUUAGCAGUCCCCAACCAUCUUAUAUGGCUAAUAUUCUUUUACUGGUUUUUCCAUUCCUCUAUGAAUUUUGUGGCAGAACUGCUGCAGUUUGGAGACAGGGAGUUCUACAGGGACUGGUGGAACUCUGAGACCGUCACAUAUUUCUGGGCUAACUGGAAUAUCCCCGUUCACAAAUGGUGCCUGAGACAUUUCUAUAAGCCGAUGCUAAAAAGAGGGACCAACAAGUUUCUGGCUCAAACUGCUGUCUUCUUAGUUUCUGCUUUCUUCCACGAGUACCUGGUUAGCGUUCCUCUGAAGAUGUUCAGACUUUGGGCCUUUAUGGGAAUGAUGGCUCAGGUUCCUCUGGCUUGGUUUGUGGGUCGCUACCUGAACGGAAACUACGGCAACGCGGCCGUCUGGCUCUCGCUCAUCAUUGGGCAGCCCAUUGCGGUGCUGAUGUAUUUCCAUGACUACUAUGUUAUUCAUCAUGGAAGCACUAAAUAG